AUGUUAUCCAAAGUAAUCAAGGGCUCAAACCUUCAACAAACCUUCGUGGAUUUUAUAGACAGCAAGAAUCCAAGGUUGGACCAUAAAGCAGAUAUUUAUUUUAAGACCAAAGUACCUUCAUUAAAUCUUGAUCAAAGUGGAAUUACUGGUAUUGAUUGUGAUGACGAUAAAAUUACACUCCGAGGGAAUGAUGUUGAUAAAGUUAAUCAAUGGCCCGACAAA